GAUUGUGGGUAUGUUAUCGUCACACGGCUAAGAAUUGGACACGCUGCAUUAAACAGUGAUCUCUUUAGAAUAGGUAAGCACGAAUCCGGGAAUUGUGACAAGUGUGGGGAACCGGAAACAGUGAGACACAUCUUGUAUAAGUGUCCAGCAUAUGAAAGGGACAGGUUCCAGCUGAUCCAGGACUUAGGGUUAAUAGGAGUGGGCAGUAUCUCUUUAAAGUCAGUGUUCGCUCCACACUCUAGAUCAGUAGGUGGCGGUAAUACACCUUACGUUGGUCUGCCAAACCGCCAUAAAACACCACGAGAAGAAGAAGAAGAUUGUGGGUAGGUGCCGGCUGUCCUGCAGCACGUUGACAUUGGGAAUUGAUUUGCAUCGUGUGAUUAUCAGAGAGUCCAGGUCUUCAGGAUGGGUGGCUCAACGUCCAGUCCUGCUGCUGUUAAAGCCGAGGCUCAAUUCGGCAGCAGCCUCCCCCCGCAGGGAUGUCCAAUGCACCAAGCUCAUCAGGAAAGUUCUCCUCCACCUGAGUGCCCCAUGCAUCAGGCUGCAUCUCAGAGCACAGCUGCUGCAGGACCAGUGCAUCAGGAGAGGGCCUACGACUUUGUGGAGUGCCCCAUGAAGGCUGCGGAAGGAACGUCUGACAUUGAUCCAACAAACAUGAUGCCACCACCAAACCAACAGCCAGCUUCUGACCAGCCUUUUCCCCUGCCAGUUAACAGAGAGGAGUCCAAAAUUCCUAGACAUGGAACAGAUAAAAACUGGGUGUAUCCCUCAGAGCAAAUGUUCUGGAAUGCCAUGUUGAGAAAGGGGUGGCAUUGGAAGAAUGACAGUCUUUCCCAAGGUGACAUGACAAAUAUCAUCAAAAUCCACAACCGAAACAAUGAACAGGCCUGGGAGGAGAUCCUGAAAUGGGAGGCCCUGCAUGCUCGUGAGUGUCCAUGUGGCCCAUCAUUGAAACGGUUUGGUGGCAAAGCAAAGGAGUUUUCCCCCAGAGCCAGGAUUCGUCAUUGGAUGGGAUAUGAACUACCGUUUGACCGACACGACUGGAUUGUGGAUCGUUGUGGAAAGGAGGUCCGGUAUGUGAUUGAUUAUUAUGAAGGAGACAUUGACCAAAACACGUACCAGUUCUCUGUCUUGGAUGUGCGUCCUGCGUUUGAUUCUUUUGGGGCAGUGUGGGACAGAGUAAAGGUGGCCUGGUGGAGGUGGACAUCGUAACUCCUUAUAAUAAAAUAAAAUAAAAUAAAAUAAAUAAAUAAAUAAAAAACCUCUCAUGGAGACUCUUGGAUUCACAUAUCAGGAUGUAAAUAAAAAUUUAAAUAUUAAAAUUGACAAAUCUGUAUUCUAUACACUGAUAUCAAUGUAACAUAACAGACUCCUACAUGUCAGUGUGUUUUUGACAUUUCAGUUCUGAAUAGUUGCAGUAUAGCUUAUGAUCAUUUUUUUGUAUUUAUUUAAAUAGCAAAAUAAAUCCCUCUUAAAGGUACAAUUAAAUAUGCACAACUUUUUAUUAUUUGAAUUCAUUCUCUAAUAAUUUGGUUUGAAGUUGAUGAAAUGAUGUUACUAAGCAGAUUGAUAUUAAAAUGUUGAAUUUAAAGAAAACAAGCAUUGUUUUGGGGUUUAUCCAAAAAUCUCAAUGUUAAAUUACGCAAGAUUUUUUGUUGUUUAGCUGCUACAAUUUUUGCCUGUUUGUGUGGGUUUUAGUUACCACUGGUUUGUUUAUGUGCCCUCAAAUGCAUUCUUCUUUACCAAAUACUGUUAAGUUGAUUGUAAAGUAAUGUUAUAAAGGCUAGUUUUAUUUAUGCGUUAGUGAUGCAUGCACUAAAUCUGCCCAUAUCAGUGUGGUUUGUUUAAUUCCUGGAUUUUCCAAACUAAAUAAAAAUAUAACUUGACUACAAA